UAGAAUAUUACAAUUAGCAGAAAUAAAAUUUAAUUCGUUUAAUUUGGGUUGCUCUAGUUUUUUUUAUAAUAACCCAUAUAGUCCACAUAAGGAAGCAGACAUUGCAAACAUAAACUAUGACAACAGAUGAAAGAAAUUUCCGUUCCAGUUACUAUGAGAAAGUGGGAUGCCACAGUGUCGAGGAGAAAAAGUCCCUUAAUAAAUUACUCCAGGAUAACAUACGGAAUCAUGUAAAAUUAAAACAAUUCUGUUUGAGUUACACUGUCCCCACAACUCAUCGAAGUCUACUAUGGAAUAUUAUAUUGGGUGUUAUGCCAUUGCACAAAAAAUCCACCGAAUUCAUUAUGGAUCAACGCAAGGCUGUAUAUGAUGAUCUACUACGAGCCGUCACUGUAAUGCAAUAUGUGACCACACCAAAAUGUCAAGCUUUUUUAAACAUGUGGAAAUUGGAAAAUAAUACUUUGCUAUACUCGGUUGGCGAAAAGACGGACGAUUUCAAAGCAGACCUAGUCUUUAUGGAAAUUGUGAAGGUUUUAUUGCGGAUUUUUGAUGAUGAUGUCGAAACGUAUUGGUUGGCAAAAGAAUUUUAUGCAUGCACUCGAGAAAUUCAACUGGAAUGCCAAAGACUUAAGGAACUGACUCAAACAUUGCUGAAGAAAGAAGAUACCCUAUUAUUCAGCCACCUGGAAAGCUUAGGGGUAUUCAGUUCAGAUGACUUGUUGGAUCGUUGGUAUAUCACCUGUUUUGCGGGUGUCAUUAAUGAAUCUACUUUAGUAAGAGUAUGGGAUAAAAUUUGCGGAGGUUCCAGAAAAAUUGUUGUAUUCAUAUUUUUGGAGAUGACAAAAGCUUUUAGCAAAAAAGCCAUGAAAUGCCAGACAAUAGUGGAGUUCAAAAAUCUAAUUGAACAGGUUAACGACCCAGACGCUUUGGUCAAUAAGGCUAUCAAAACUUGGCAAACCAGUAACCAGCAUAAUGAAAAGAUUACAGUCCAUUAAAUCAAUAAAAUUCAACAUUGUUUUCGAAUCGAA